ACUUUCCACAUUCAUUCGAAAACAAUAUUUUGUGCCGAUUACUCGCUAGAAUAAUUUUAACAUUGCAAUUUUUUACAAUUAUAUUUGCGUUACCUUUGCACUUUGAACGGGCUUUUUCUUUUAUUUAUUUAUUUUAUCAAGUAAGUACCAACAAUUCACGCAUAAUACAGUAGAAUGGAUAAUAGUAGUAGUAAAGCGCUUCAAUCAACAUUUACAAUUUUAACCAACAUAACGUGUUCCUAAAAACUUAGCAACGGUUAUCAGCGAAUUUAGAAUGCGUCAAUUGAUUCAUUGACUAUAUAGUGUAGAUGACGCUAUAAAGUUUAUACAUAUAUUUUUGAUCAACGACAACUGCCGAGGCGAUAUAGCCAUGUCCGUCUGUCUGUCAGAUAAAAGAUAAAGAGGACGAUAUCGAAGGUGACGAUGCGGGAUGUUUGAAAGUGAACGUUAAUCCAAAAAAUGAAGCACAAAAUCAAAAAAUUAUUUUUUUUUCUUUGCUUCUAAGUCAAUUGUAGUCAAUUCGCACAGAAUUUUUAUAGCACCGAUGACACUUUUGACAGACAGAACGAGCUCUGACUAUUACCUUUAAAAUACACAUUACAUUGAAGUUACAAAAUUUAAAAAAAAAAACUUUGUAUAUACAGUAAAAAUUGGAUACAUCGGAGGACUAUAUACAACCUUAUUAUGGCUUAUAUGCCUAUUAAGCGCCAAAAUUCUUCCGAUGGAGUUACAGUGCUAAAAUUUCAUAUUAGCAACCAAGAUAUACUAUAUAAUUAUUUAAAUAAGCGAAAAAAGAAUAUGUUAAAUUGUCCACAAACACAAAACUAAAUCACUAAAGCAAAGGAGAAGCUGCAGGUUGCGUCGCAAAUUUAAAUUUGAUAACACACAAAUCUGCAAGUAUCAGCAGCUACAUUUAACGUUUUUAUUACCUUGUGACAAAUACACAGAUAACACCUUGCCUUGGGCCUUGCCCACAUAGUCUUGCGUGAGUUCUGCAAGAGGCGAAGUCGAAUGAUGGGCUAUCCUUGGCGAUUCAAUGCGAACCGACAUGGAACUGGGAAAGAUUGCGAUCCUAAGAUGUGUACAUUUCUGUAUAAUGCAAAAGCAACUUACUAAUGAAGAUUAUGCAUCGGGAUCCUCCUGCGCGGAAUCCGCGACUCCUCUAUCACCAGGAACGCCACCAAACGGGGCAUUUGUUUCAUCAUGUUUUUGUGCGAUAGCUUUCCAUUCUCAAGUUUGGAAAUAGUUGUUUGGGCCAGUGAUCGCAGGCCAGGUAGUUUGGCCAGGUUCCUUUUGAUCCUAAGAUGAUGUGUCAAUACAUACAUUAAUCGGCACAAAAUAUUGUUUUCGAAUGAAUGUGGAAAGUUAGCUUCAGCUUACUGAAAGGAGUCUCAUAUUGACAUCCCAAUUGUGUUUCGUGUCAUUCCAAGACCGAGACUGCAAGAAUUUUCUGUAGAUCGUUAGAUGACUCGUCUACUACGCGUCUUUUAUACAACAAGUACAGAAUCUCGGUUUAUUUUCAGUAUUAUGUGUUGCAAUACUGAGCCAAAUUGCCAAUAUUGUGGUACCGGCAAAAACAGAGUUCCCCUCGCGAUCGGAGGAGGACAUCGCCGUACUCAAUACGAAUAUAGAGGAAUCUCCAUUAAAGUAUGUGGCGAUGUUCAGGAGGAUGCUCUGCCCAGAUGGUAUACUAAAAAACUUGGAGCGGAUAUUCCACAAGGAUGUGCUGAUGGGGAUGAACUACGCCGGCACUGCAAAGAUGAAGGCAUUCAACAAGUACCGCCAUUUGAAGCUCUCCAGGCUGACAACUAUAGCUUUGAGGACCACAAAAAAGCUGUGCGAGAGGCGUUUUUUAAAUUUAAAAAUAGAAAUUAUAAGGCCAAUGCCAGGGCAAGGCAAUUAGAAAAAUUAGAAAAUAAUAAAUAGAAUAUAAAUAUAAUUGUUUAGUUAUAAGUAAAACUGUUUAGAUAAUAUAUAAUUUUAAGUACUCAUUGUUAUAGUUUAAAUACAUUUAAU